AAGGAAGAGGAAGAAAUGGCAAGUUCUCAGAGAAAACAAGGAUCAUAGGGCCUCCCUGGUGGUGCAAGGGGUUAAGCACUGCACUAUGAAGCAAAUCCGCAGCCUCUGCAUGAGUUUGAUCCCUGGCCGGCCAGGGAGCAACCCACAUGGCACAGCAGACCUCUCCAGACUCGCCCACUGCUCCCCUCAGCAGUGUAUUUCGGGACUAUUGACCUUGAGAGAUGUGUCCAUAGAAUUCUCCCAGGAGGAGUGGGAAUGCCUGGACCAGGCUCAGCGGGAAUUGUACAGGGAUGUGAUGUUGGAGAACUACAGGAACCUGGUGUCCUUGGGUGUUACUGUACAGCAGAGAACCUAUAAUGGAGAGAUGACUUACACAUGUGAAGUAUGUGACAAAACACUUAAGUUUUGCUCAAGCCAGAAGGAACAUCAAAUGAUGCAUUUUGGAGAGAAAUCAUACAAAUGUAAAGAGUGUGGGAAAGCCUUUGGAUGGUUCAUGCACCUGAAAAAAUAUCAGAAAGACUAUACUGGAGAGAAACUUUACAAGUGUAAAGAGUGUGAGAAAGCCUUUAUGAGGAGCUUAACUUUGAAGGAACAUCAGAGAACUCACUCUGGAGAGAAACCUUACAAGUGUAAUGAUUGUGACAAAGCCUUUGUGGGCUCCUCAAACCUGAAGCAACAUCAGGUCAUACACUCUGGAGAGACACCUUACAAAUAUGAAGAAUGUGACAAAGCCUUUAGGCGUUUCUCAGACCUUAAACAACAUCAGCUAAUCCACAAUGGAGAGAGACCUCACCAAUGUAAAGAAUGUGGCAAAACCUUUAAGAGGAGCUCAAACCUGAACCAACAUAAAAAAACCCACACCGGAGAGAAACCUUACAAAUGUAAUGAAUGUGACAAAACCUUUCUGUGUUCCUCAACCCUGGAGCAACAUCAGAGAAUGCACACUGGAGAGAAGCCUUACAGAUGUAGUGAAUCUAGUGGAGCCUUUUGGAGGUCAUCACACCUGAAGCAACAUCAGAUAAUUCACUCUGGAGAGACACCUUACAAAUGUGAAGUAUGCAAGAAAGCCUUUAGGGGGUUCUCAGAUCUGAAGCAACAUCAGAUGAUUCAUUCUGGAGAGAAACCUUACAAAUGUAAUUUGUGUGGCAAAGCCUUUAUCAGGUGCUCAACUCUGAAUAAACAUCAGAAAAUCCAUACCAGAGAGAAACCUUACAAAUGUGAUGAAUGUGACAAAGCCUUUCUGUGCAUGUCAAAGCUGGAGCAGCAUCACAGAAUGCAUACUAGAGAGAAACCUUGCAAAUGUGAAGAAUGUCACAAAGCCUUUAGGUGUUUCUCAGAUCUGAAGCAACAUCAGAGACUGCAUACUAGAGAGAAACCUUACAAAUGUAAAUUGUGUGACAAAGCAUUUAUGUGGUCUUCAGUCCUAGAGCAACAUCAGAGGAUGCAUACUGGAGAGAAACCUUACAAAUGUAAACUGUGUGGCAAAGCCUUUAAGAGGUGCUCAAAUCUGAAUCAACAUCAGAGAAUGCAUACUGGAGAAAAACCUUACAAAUGUAAAGAAUGUGACAAAGCCUUUAUAUGCUCCUCAAACCUGAAGCGACAUCAAAGUAGUCAUUCUGGAGACACACCGUACAAAUGUAAAGAAUGUGACAAAGCCUUUCUGUGGUCAUCAGAUCUGAAGAGACAUCAAGGUAUUACUCUGGAGAGACACCUUACAAAUGUGAAGAAUGUCACAAAGCCUUUAGGCGUUUCUCAGACCUGAACCAACAUCAGAGGAUGCAUACUGGAGAGAAA